AUGGAGAUCCCGCAUAGAGUCCUCCUGCUCCUCUUGCUGACAAUUAGCUUCGCUAUUUCCCAAAAUGAUCCUACAGAAGAAGUACAGGAAUUCCAUGUUGGUGUUAUCCUGGACUUGGGAUCCAUGGUUGGCAAAAUAGCACGGACCAGCAUUUCAUUGGCUAUGGAGGACUUCUAUGCUGUUCAUCAGAACUAUAGCACCAAGAUAGUCCUCCACAUCAGGGAUUCCAUGAGCGAUGACGUCCAAGCUGCGUCCGAAGCUAUUGACCUACUGGAAAAUUACAAUGUAGAAGCCAUCAUCGGUCCUCAGAAAUCUUCACAAGCUAUAUUUAUCUCAAAACUUGGAAAUAUGAGUCAUGUCCCAGUCAUAUCCUUCACGGCAACAAACCCAUCUCUAUCAACUAGAAGUCUUCCAUAUUUUGUGCGAGCAACAAUAAAUGACUCAGCACAGGUGAAUUGCAUUGCUUCCAUAGUUAAAACCUAUGGAUGGAGAGAGGUGGUGCCUAUCUAUGAAGACACUGAGUAUGGUAGAGGUAUCAUGCCAUACCUUGUUGAUCUCCUACAUGAAGUCGAUGCCCGAAUUCCCUACCGGAGUGUGAUCCCUGUGUCAGCAACUAGUGAAGAAAUUACCCAAGAACUAUAUAAGUUGAUGACAAUGCAAACAACAAUCUUUGUUGUGCAUAUGUCAGAUACCUUGGCCUCCCUCUUCUUCAUAAAGGCAAAAGAAGUAGGGAUGAUGAACAAAGGACAUGCAUGGAUCAUGACAGAUGGAGUAACCAAUCUAAUAGAUUCGCUGAGUCCUUCUGUCCUAGAAUCGUUGAAUGGUGCCUUAGGUGUUGAAUUUUAUGUUCCCAAAUCAAGGGAACUUGAUGACUUCACCAUGAGAUGGAAUAGGAGGUUUCAAAUUGAGAACCCAACCGAUCCACCAUUGAAAUUGAGCAUCUUCGGACUGUGGGGCUAUGAUACAAUCUGGGCAGUGGCACAAGCUGCAGCAGAAGUUGGACAUGCAAACACUACAUUUAAAAAACCAGGAGAGUCCAUAGAAGUACCCCGGGGUUUUCAGGUUCCUGUAAGCGGGAAGAAACUUCAAGUUGGUGUGUGCACAAGUGGAUAUCCAGAAUUUGUACAGGUCAAAAAGGAUCACAUCACAGGUGCAACUAAAGCAAUCGGUCUUUCAGUGGAUGUAUUCGAAGAGGCAGUUAAGAGACUUCCUUAUGCACUCCCUUAUGAAUAUGUACUAUUUAGUACCAAGGAUGACAGAAGUACCGAAGAUUACAAUAAUUUUGUCUACCAAGUUUAUCUUAAGAAAUAUGAUAUAGUAAUUGGAGAUAUAACAAUACGGUAUAAUCGAACAUUCUAUGCUGACUUCACCCUGCCAUACACAGAAUCGGGAAUAGCAAUGAUUGUUCCGGUCAGGGAUAGCAGAAACAAGAACACAUGGAUUUUCUUGAAGCCACUAGCACCUGGCAUGUGGUCUGGAAGCAUUGUAUUCUUUAUCUACACCGAAGAGCUUGUGCAACGCUUUCUGUCCCGGAUAGUUUUGAUCAUUUGGCUGGUAUUUCUGAUGGUACUUACAUCAAGUUACACUGCAAGCUUGACGUCAAUGCUAACCGUGCAACAGCUUCAGCCAACUGUGACAGAUGUGCAUGAACUAUUAAAAAGUGGAGAAUAUGUAGGAUAUCAUCGUGGUUCGUACGUCAAGGGACUUCUGGAAGAACUCGGUUUUGAUAGGUUGAAGAUAAAGCCCUAUGAUUCCCCUGAUGAUUUUCACAAUGCACUUUCUAGAGGAAGCAACAAUGGUGGUAUUGCUGCCCUCGUGCAUGAGGUUCCAUACAUUAAACUAUUUCUGGCAAACCACUGCAAAGGGUACACCAUGGUGGGACCAAUUUACAAGGCUGCAGGUUUUGGAUAUGCAUUAUCAAAGGGAAGUCCCUUACUUGGCGACAUCUCGAAGGCAAUCCUCAAUGUAACAGGGGGGGAUACUAUGAUUCAAAUUGAGAAAAAAUGGAUUGGAGAUCAAAACAACUGCCAGAAUGUGGGCCCUGUCACUGGUUCAAGUACACUCACCUUUGCCAACUUCAGGGGACUAUUCAUCCUUACUGGAGUUGCUUCAAGUUCUUCCAUUUUGAUAGCACUGAUAAUUUAUUUCUACAAAAAGAAGUACAGGUCAACAAAUAUUGCAUUAGACAAUUUGAAUCGACCAGAAGACACUGGAUUAAGCGAUGAAAGCAGUGACCACCAAGAAGGAAAUCAAGGAGGAAGAGUUGAAGAAAAUGCACAGUUAGCAGGCAGAGAGGAAAAUGGGGUAGAAGAACUAACCAGUUUAGAAAUGGUAUCUGACAAAAAAUGA